CUGCCAUCUUGAAUUUAGUUGACGAGGUAGUACGCGCAUCUGUGUCAAUCCAGAGAACAUGGCGUCUGAUUCAGAAGAUGAAAUUAUAAAAAAUGCUGAAUUAAAUGAGACAGAAGAUGUAUUGAAAUUAAAAGAAGAUGAUUUAAAAAUGAAAGGUGAUGAUGAAUUAAAAAUGCAAGAUUAUGAUGAAUUAAAAUGCAUAGUUGAAGAAUUAAAAUUGAAGAAAGGGAGCGAUUUAAAAGAAGAUGAAGAAGAUGGAUUAUUAGUAAAAGAAGGUUUACAACUAAAAGGUAAAAAGACUCAGCUAAAAGUAAAGGAAGGUGAGUCAAAAACGAAAGAUGAGGUAGGAUCAAAAGUCGAUUAUACGACAGAAGUUCAACUCGAAACAGAAACAGAGCAUGUAAUAUUAAAGAAAACUAAGCUACAAGAAAAAGAUGAUCUGGAAACUAAAGAAAUUGAUUCCGACGAAGAGGAUGCGAUAGAAACAAAAGAAGUUGAUUUUGAAGAAGAGGAUGCGGUGGAAACAAAAGAAGUUGAUUUUGAAGAAGAUGCGAUGGAAACAAAAGAAGUUGAUUUUGAAGAAGAUGCGAUGGAAACAAAAGAAGUUGAUUCUGAAGAAGAUGCGAUGGAAACAAAAGAAGUUGAUUUUGAAGAAGAUGAUGAGAUGGAAAUAAAAGAAUUUGAUUCAAAAGAAAAAGGUAAUGAAGAACAAGUUAAAAAAAUUGAGUUCAAAGAAAAAGAUGAUGAAUUCAAAUUAAGAGAAAAAUUGAGGAUUGAACAAGAAUUAAAAAUGAAAGAAGAUGAACUGAAAAUGAAAGAAAACGAAUUAAGAACCAAAGAGAAUGAAUUAAAAAUGAAAGAAAACGAAUUGAAAAUGAAAGAAAAUGCAUUGAAAACAAAAGAAGUUGAGCUGAAAAUGAAAGGAAGUGAUGAUUCUAACCAAAAAGAAUCCCAGUUUUCGUAUUUUACUGUUGAUGGUGUUGUUGCUGAGAUGGAUAUUGAAGUGGAAGAAGAUAAUGAUUUCUCCUUGCACAAAGAGCUCAAAUUACAUGGAAUUAACUCAAAUGGAAUUAAUGAAAUUGACUUAACAUUCGAAGAUUCUGAUGAUGAAAUUGAUUCAAUUGAUAUGAGUAUUGUGAAAAAAGAAACUGAUGUCGAUGAAGAAACAGACUCAUUAAAUUGUAAUGAAAAGGAAGCUAUUGAUGAAAAGAAGGAAAUUAUUGAACCCAGUGUUUCACAACCAAAACAGUUUAAAAAACGUGGCAGGAAGAGAAAAAUAGACCUCUUAAACAAUGAUGGAACAGAAGCUAAACAUUUGCAUUUCGAAAAAGGAAACGAUAAAACUGAAAAAAUACCUUUGGAAACCAGUGCUGUGGAAAUAAAUAAUCCAGGAUCUAAGAAACACACCCUGAGGAAGCUGCCUUUCAGACAGAAUUCAGCUGCACCUGAUGUUCCAGAUUUGCAGCAAAAAGUCAUUUGGAUUAAUGAUGUCGGUGAAGGCCGUGGUAUACAUCUUGGCAAUCUCCCAAAAUUGAGAAAACAACUACUAGAAGCAAAAAGAAAAUUGCGCUUAUUGUACAAGUUACUGUAUUUUCAAGUGCCUCCAAAUGAUCCAAAUGUAGAUGUCGUGAAAACAAUCUUAAAGUUUAAUGGAUUUCCUUUUGAUGAAUCAUCAUUUGAAUUUGUCAAAAGAAGACGUGUUUUGGCUCAUGCUGGAGAUUCGUCUAUUUUGAGCAUAUGCAAGAUGCUAAGUUUGAAAAAGGGAUCAAAACAGGAUAUGAUUAAAAGUAUCUUAAAAUUUUUAAUGAAACCUCAUGGAAAAUUAGAUCCUCCUGAUGAUCCAAUCAUGCAACCUCGUGUUGUUUUGGAAAGAAUUUCCCUAGCUACCAAGUAUUUAAAAUCUGCAUUGUAUACUUCAAAACAUGAUCCAGAAACAAAGAAAUCUAAAGCAAGUGCCCCACAAGAAGCUGUUUCAUCAAGGUAUAAUUUAAAGGAUAAAAGUAAAAUAUCUUGGAAUAAACGUGAUCAUAGAUUCACUAAAAUUGAAGAUUUGCCUCCAAGGAAAAGUACUGCCAGAGAACCUGAUAAAGGUAAGGAAGGAAAAUCAGCUGAGGAUAGGAAAACGAUUGAAACAAGGAAUAAGCUAGCAGAAAAGAAAAAACAAGAAUUAAGCAGAUUUGAAGAGGAACGAAAAGAACAUGCAGAGAGGAGACAACUAAGUGAACAAAAAAAAUUGGAGAGGAAGAAACAGGAGGAAAAGAGGAAACAAGAAGAAGAAAAGAAAAACCAAGGAGGCAAGAAGAAGUUAGAAGAGAAAAAGAAACUAGAGAAACAGAAGGAAUUAGAGGAAGAAAAGAAAAAAUUGGAGGAAGAAAAGAAAAAAUUAGAGGAAGAAAAGAAAAAGAUUGAAAAUAAGAAAAAAGAAAAAAAGAAGGAGGUAAUAGAAACAACUUCAAACAAAAGUAUUGAUUUAAAAAAAAAUAAGAAAAAUGUUGAAGGAAGUGCAAAAAAAAGUAAGCAAACUAAUCUUACGUCAAAACAAUUGGAAGAUAUUGGCGAGAAAGAUGUUCAAAAAUCUAUUCAGAUCAUGAAAAGUCCAGAUAAGGUUAAAGAUGAGAAUCUUCAACCUAAGAACACUGAAAACAUUGAAAAAAUAGAAAGCCCAGUUGAAGACGUAUCCUUCCUUUCUGAUAACGAAGAUACUGAUGAUGCUCCUGAAAGUCAAAAAGAGAUGAGUGAACAAGAGAAUUUGACCACUGAAUCCAGUGCUGUACAAAGUGAAACUGAAAAAAAGACUCCUACUAAGAGGGUCAUUCGCUUGGGUAAACCUCUACGAAUGUUUCCAAAAAUCAAUGAACGAAUGAAAAAUGCAAGUGUUAAUGUUCUCCAAAGGCUUCAUAUUUUAUUGUUUGGUGCAUUUGAAAAGGCUGCAAAUUUAAAACCAAAUAUUUUAGCUUUUGGAGGAUUUCCGUUUGUAGAAGGAUCUGAAGAAUGGAAUCAGAAGCAGUUUUUAAUGUCACUAUUGGCUCAAAAUACUCUCAGAGAAUAUCUUGAUCUUCUUUGCAUUGAAUAUUCAGGCAAUGAUCAGAAAACUAUGAUUAGCAAACUAAUGAAGUUCCUCACUGCUCCCAAUGAAAAGGCAUUAGGCCAAACAGAAAAGAAAAAAGAUAAUACAAAAGAAAAAAGUAAAGCUGUUCCAUCUGCUCCAACUCCUAUUGAUAAGAAAAAGUCUGUUAAAAAAGAAGCUGCAAAUAAAGAAGUUAAGAAAAAGCCAACCAAAGAGCCCUCAGUAAAUCCUCGCAGGAAAGUUUUAAUGGAUGAAGCUCAAGUUAGACGCAUGGAAGCUGACAUUGCUAGAGAACAAAGAAUUCUUGCUCGAGAAAAAAAACUAAAUGAGGAGCAGAUGGAAAAAUAUAUGAGUGCACGCCUGAAUAAAACUUCGACUUUACAGAAAGCGGUUCUUCCUGGUAAGACACUGGCAGUUACGAACUUGGUUCCUCCGACCAAACCACCCAUAGCAGAUCCUGAGCAAUUAAAUGCUUUGUUGCAAACAGUUUACAAAAGAAGAGCAUUGAAAGCCGCAGGUGCAGUGAUUUCUACUCCUAAGAAAGAAAAAAUUACAAGACUUGGUGAUAUCCCAAAUGUUAAAUUCUUGAUUGUCACAGGAAAUUACAGUGACUUGGCAAUGCUACAUCAUUUAAUAUACAUGACUGACACAAAUAAAGCUAAGGUUAGAAAAAAUAUCCUUGAUUUUUGUGGCUUUGGAUUCACUGAGGAGUCAAACAAGUACAAGGAAAGAAUGGUGUUUCUAAACAGUGUUGGAUAUGAUCUGUCAAAAAGAAUUGCCUUUCUUUUGGGUCUAUGUCCUUAUCAAACCACAAUUGCUCAACAAGAUCUGAAUGAACUUAUAUUGUACUUUUUAAUGUCUCCUUGUCGAACGAAACAAGUACCUAUCACUCAGUUCCCUCAGGAGCUGCUUGACCAAAGUUGCAAGACUAAACCAGUUCUCACAAAAAGUGAUGAUAGCAUAAUAACCACACCCAGUUCUGUUGAUACAUUGAAAGAUUCCCCCGAAAAAGACAGAGUUAUGGUUCUCGAUCCACCAAAUCCUGAUCCGAUAGAUUCACCAAAUUUCGAUGUGGUUCCACGUCAGAAAGCAAAGAAAUCUGUUAACGGUUCCUUCACUAAACUGCACAGUGUUAAAAAAGUUCUACUACCUAGUGCACCUGCAAAGCCAGCUCUUCUUAACAGAGUACCAUCUUUAAAAAUGCCUUCACCUGUCAAACAAGCAACAGCUCCAACACUAUUUAUUCCACCGCCAGGUUCAUCAACUCCACGAUUACAGAUUCCUCAAUCCAUUCAAAAUUCACCCCAACUGCAAGUUAAUAAAGUAGCAGCACCAUUAGAUGAAUUAUUCUUUCAACAACAGACUCCCGAUGGGCAGCAGAAGACAUAUAAACUUAUUCGCUUGCCACAAAAUCAUCCAUUGGCCACUACAGUAAUGAGAAAUACUGCGCAACAGAUUGGAACACUACCAUCUCCUCCUGCAGCACCUCUUCAUAUCAAUACUAGCUUUACAUCUGCUCUUCCUCCUGGAAUAAUUUUGGUAAAAAAUAAAGCUCCAUCACUCGUUUCUCAAGCUAUUCCAAAUAUUUCAUUCAGCACCCCACUCAGAGCAUCCACUCCUAUUUUGAGGCCACAGCCAAUUGCCAAGGCUCCAAGUAAGGAGGAAUAUGUGUUGCCAGAUGCAGGAGGUUCUUCAAGUACUGGAGCAAAUACAAUUCAGGAUGAUGAUGUUCAAAUCCUUCCUCAUUUGAAAAAGAAUCCACCAUCGGACAAUGAUCUCUAUAACUGCCUUCAGGACAUUAUCCAUAGCUCUAACUUUGAAAAUAUGACACUAAAAAAUGUCCUCGAUGAGGUAUGUGCCAAAUUUUCUAACCAUGACCUGUCCCAAAGGCACAGUUACAUGAAAGAAUGUAUCAAAUCGAUAAUAAUGGGCACUUGAAGAUAUAUAUAUAUCCUUUCAUCUUCACAUUUUACAGAGAAAUCAUAAAGGUUAUAUUUAUCAUUGUAAAAACCAUCAACAGUUUUGGGAGAUUGUUUGUAGCAUUUUUCUGUUGCUUGUUGUUUAUUGUAAAACCAUUUUGCUUUUCAACUGACUAUUGUUUUAUUGUAAAAAGAGUUAUGCAUUUCAUUUAAUGUUAGUCUAAACAUUUUAUUGUAAUUUCAAAAAGGAAACAAAUCUUAAAUUCCUCAUCUUUUAUUCCUAGAUUUUAAAGGCAUCAAUGCUUCAAAAAAGGAACAGUUUGGAUUACAUAGCUGUAUAGAUGUAAAAAAAAGAAUAUUUUAAAAUGAAGGGAAAAAAUAAGUUUGUGUAUAUAUAAAUCUAUAGCAUGUUUGACAGUGGCAGUUACUUCCACUGUUUUGUUCUAUUAUUAAGAAAGUAUGACGCUUUCUUUCUUACUUUCAAUAAUGUUAAGAUUUUUACUUUGUCCUCAAUUGAAAGAACAUUCAGUUUUCUUUUCUGGUCUAUGUUUUCUAUGGAAGAAACACAAGAAACUAGAGAGCACAACAAAAUGAUUUUCCUUCAUGGCUCAAAACUCACAUAAUUCACCACUGUUCAUUAAUAUCCCCUCUGAUUGCUAGAGGUUUCCCUUCUGGUUUAAGCAGAGAAAUGUUGUCAUUUAGGAUGGACUGGACAUCCUAGAUAACUUGCUCCUUGUGUUUUUCCCAUGUUCCAUUGGAUAAUUCUAAUUUUGAUAUCAGAAAACUUGUUAUGUUUUGUCUGACACUUCCAUUAUUGUUAGAAAAUACUGGGCUUUAGAAAAUGACAGUGUAACCAAAACUUAAGAUUUUGGGGAUAUUUCCUCAAACCCUUUUCAUGAAAAUUUCUGCACAACAGACAUGGAAAACGAGACUAGUUUGAUCUACAAAUGCAUUGAAAUCAAAUAAUUUUUAGAUAAACAAUUUGAGAUUAACAAACUUGGUUUGCGUACAGUAUUAAUAUAGGGCUACAAAUCCAGCUGCCACAGGACCAGCUCAAUUCGGGAGAGAUUAACUUGCUGAAUAUUGUAUCACUGUCAAAACUUUCUGUAAACUUACAAAUAAAAACUUAUUGAAUGAUCGCCCAAAUGGGCAUUUUAGAAAAUUAUGCAUUUUCCUUGAAUUAAAUACUGUAUACACUCGACUAUAAAUUGAUCUGUUUCGUAUAAAAAAAAGUUGAAAGUUGAAAAAACAAUUAAUGUGGUGCAGGGGAAAAUUUUUGCAUGUUUUUUCCCAAACACUUGAAAAUCAAAGCAUUUUACCUAAUUUUAAUUCAACUCUUUUAAUUAAACACUCAAGAAAUAUAUACUGAAGUAUUUUGAUUAAAUUUUAUACUGUGUGACUUAGUUAAAUACUUCAAUUACAGUAGAAACCCAACUGCAUGAAAAAUAGAAGAAACUCUGAAUUCUGGAAUUGGGAGUAUUCUCAGUAGUUGAUUGAAUAGAAAUGAGAACUCCUAAAGUGUAAAAAUAAUAAUGCACAAGAUUAAAAGCAAAAAUUUGUAUAGACAAAUGCAGUAUUAAAAUCCUAAUUAACAAAAGCUAUAAUUUCAAAAACGCACCUUUUCACAAAUUGCGAUCGCGAAAACAUAUCCCUUUCAAAAAUCGCGAUCGAAAAAUAAAACUUUUCAUGCACGAGUGUAAAAACUGAUAAUGAGCAAUUUUGUACUUGUGUAUUGCAUCAUCAAUUUGUUUCUUUUCAAAAUUUGUAUUUCCCCAAAAGACUUAAAACAUUCUCAGUUUUUCUUUGAACUUCUUUAAUUUCUACAUAUUGCAAAAAAUGUAGUCAGUUUCAAUAGAAAGUGAAGUUAUGCGUGUCUCUUGUAAAAUAUUCUUUUUAAACCAUAAAAUUAGAGGACCUUAAAAAAAAUGAUAUCUCGAAAAUUUUUGCAUUUGGAAAUGCUGAAUUGCUGUAUUUGUGUUGGUAUGUGUGUAAAAAUAUUAAAAAAUAUUUCUUUUAAAAUUAGUAAUGCAUUGAAAUCUAUGCAACAAUAAUAAAACCACUCUUGCUUAAAAAGGGGAAUUUGAAGUUAACUUUUUUUUCCUAAUGUUAAUAUUUUGCUUACAAAGAGCAAGCUAUACUGAUAAAUAGUUACAAAUUUGUAUGAUUGAAUUCAUUAUUAAUCUGUUUAGCUUGGUUUGUUUGUAUUAUACCAUCUACAUUAUAUUUUGUGCAAUUUGAUAUUAAGGUUUUUUUUUUUUUUUUUUUUGAUUUAAACUAUGAUCAAAUCAGUAUAUAAGUCUGAAAUCUAAUUUACAGGAAAUAUAGCAUAAAUGUGGCUAACCUCAGUUCAAUGUAAAAGAUUUUUCCCUUUAAAGAAGGAGAAAAAAAAAGAUGUUUGAUAUUUGUUUUAGAAUGUAAUAUGUUUGCAAAAUUUAUGUGUUUACUUGUUUGCGUAUUGCGGCUCUUGCAACCAAUCCGCAACGAGUUCAUACACAUGCUCAUUUGGAAAAUAAGGUACCAAGAUAAGAUUAAGUUUUUCCAUAAAUUAUUUAGACUGAGAAAAUUUGUUUAUGUAUCUCAAAUUGUGCAUUGUUUCGAUUUUUAGCAUCAAAAAUGGAGCUGCGGCCUCCAAAGAAAAAAAAUCUAAAUACUAUUUAAUUUUUGCAAAAUAAUGCAUUUACUACAAUGUUGUUUGUAAAAAAUUUAAAAAGAUUUGUAUUUUGUAAAUAAAAGAGAAAUCUUAUUAGAUUUUAUGGUUAGUUUAUUUGAUGUGAAUUGAUUGCAUAGGUUUUAAACCAAAAUACUGAUUUUGAGUAUGUUCAAGAAAUCUAUAUCUGAAUAUAAAAUAACUGUAAGUGAUCUAACUUGCAAACUACGAUCUAUGCAAGUCAUGAUCCCUGCAAAUAAUAGUAAAAAUGCAACAUAAAUUUGCUCAUAAACAAUUGUAAAAAAGUUCUCUCACUAUGCAUUGAAAAAAGAAAUUUCUCACUCUUAUACAACAUUAAAUUUAACCUAUGCCUUUAUAUCUAUUAAUACAAAGUUUUUCUAUUCUGUGCAAAAAAAAAAAGUUCCAAAGUAAUCUUGUACAUUGUUAUGGAUGUGAUGUAUUCAGAUACUUUGUUUUAUGCCGGU